CUUCUAUGUUGUACUUUUAGAAAAGUAAUAUUUGUUAAAGUGAGCGUGUGAGUGCUGGGAUUCGAAUCUACGGAAGUCCUUUUCGUUUGUGCUGUGCUGUUGUUGUUUUAUUGCUUUGGCUACUGCUGUCGCCCUGUAUACGCCCUUGCGUAUAACAAUGGACAUGGAAUACGCCAACAUCAAUGAAUUUAAUGACCGCGACCUAGCGACACGCAUGCGCAACAGCAAUUAUGAAAAAUACAAGUCUCUGGUGCGCAUGCACCUCUCCUUCGAACUGGAACUAAACACCGACGAGUUCGACAUGCCGUGCCAUGAAAUCGUCUACGAAGAUAAGGGCAAGAUAAAGAAGUGGAAUCGCCUCUCCAAGAAGAAUCGCGGACCUGCCACAGGCUGCACGGCUGGGGCAGGCAGUAAGUCGGCGGGCAACAGUCCCACUGAAACGCUGCAGCAACAAAUUGAUGCAGGCUUUCUGAUGCACCUGGAGGAGCUCAAAGAGUUUCUUAUGCUGGAGAAGAAUCUCACCCAGGAGGGACUAUUUCGCAAGACAGGAGCCGUUUCCAGGCAGAACGAGCUACGAAUGCACAUACAGCAAGACCAGCCCUUGGAUUUGGAACUGACAGGAUUCUCGGCUCACGACUGUGCCACUGUUUUUAAGAGCUUUCUGGCCGAGCUGCCAGAGCCUUUGCUUACAGACGCCCACUAUCCAGCACAUCUUCAGAUAGCGCCGCUUAGCCAGGCAUUAAUGGGGGGUCAGGUGGCGGCUACCGCAGAUCGCCGACAUCUUCUCAACUCGGUGCAGCUGCUCCUUCUCCUGCUCCCCGAAGAGCAUCGCGAGUUACUGCAGCACAUUAUUAAAAUGCUCCAUUCGGUGGCAGCGCGUGAGGAGAGCAACAAGAUGUCCGCGGAGAAUUUGGCCAUCUUGUUUACACCGCACCUGAUUUGCCCCAGGCAAAUGCCGCCUGAGGCGCUCCACUAUACGGCGAAGAAGAUGUCCAGCAUUGUGUCCUACAUGUGUCCUAGCCACCGAUAUUCGGGCGUACUUUCUUGA